GGCGCACAUCACCACAGGCGGUGACUUAAACUGCUCCGCUAAACUUAAACAUAGACGGGCAAUGUAACGUUAUAGAAUAUUAGCCGGUAGAGUCGAGAGCUUUACUGCUGUACAACGGUACUCUGUGGAAAUUAACCGAUAUAAUUUUACGCAAGAUUGGUUAAUAACAGAUAUAUACCGCUUUAAUUAAGCUUUUUAGUUAAGUGUUGUCCUAAUGACAAGUGACUAACGUUAAAAGAGAGGCAGAUUCGUGCUUUUAAAAACAUCGAAGAUAACGUUAACGUUAGCUAACUUGAGUUAGCUCAAAGAAAAAAAACAAACUAACGUUAGCCUAACGCCGGUUGUUAGUUGACAUUAAUUGGUCGGUGAUAAAGUACCUUAACGUUAGUUAUCACCAGGUUAGCAUUAUUGUUACCACUAUCAAAAAGCUAAAAGCUCCGACCUAAGUCGAUUUCCAAGUUAUUUAACGUGGCUCACGUUAAUACAGAAUCGACUUUACCGGACUUCGACUCCAAAGGAUUUGUACUUGAACACAAAUAAACACUGAGCAUUAACUUACCAUCGAGGAGCUGAAUGGCCUCUGUUGCUGCAGUGAAAACCGAGAAGCGACCUGCAGCUGAUUCUCAGGAUGCAGACUCAAAUGCAAAAAAGCCCAGGAAACUGCUGCCCAGCCUGAAGACCAAGCGAGCCCCUGAGCUUGUCCUUGUGAUUGGCACGGGGGUAAGCUCUGCCGUGGCCCCUCAGGUCCCUGCACUCCGCUCCUGGAAAGGCCUCAUCCAGGCCUUGCUUGAUGCAGCCAAUGACUUUGACCUUCUAGAGGAGGAGGAGAGUCGGCGUUUCCAGAAGCACAUGCAGGAAGAUAAGAAUUUGGUGCAUGUGGCCCAUGACCUCAUUCAGAAACUUUCCCCGAGAACAGGUAAUGUGCGCUCUACAUUCUUCAAGGACUGUCUAUACGAGGUGUUUGACGAUUUGGAGUGCAAGAUGGAGCAUGCAGGGAAACAUCUACUGCGCUCGGUGCUUCAUUUAAUGGAGAGUGGCGCACUGGUCCUCACUACUAACUUUGACAACCUGUUGGAGAUCUAUGCAGCUCACCAGGGCACCAAGAUGGAGUCUUUGGACCUUACAGAUGAGAAGAAGGUGUUGGAGUGGGCUCAGGAGAAACGGAGGCUAAGUGUUCUGCAUAUCCACGGUGUUUACACCAACCCCAGUGGUAUCGUACUGCACCCUGCUGGCUACCAGAAUGUACUGAGGAACACAGAGGUUAUGCGUGAGAUCCAGAAGCUUUAUGAGACAAAAUCCUUUGUGUUUCUGGGCUGUGGGCGCACAGUAGACGACACAACCUUCCAGGCUCUGUUCUUGGAAGCAGUCAAACACAAGUCGGACCUGGAACACUUCAUGCUUGUGCGCCGCGAGGACGUGGGUGAGUUCAAGAAGCUGCGGGACAACAUGCUAGACAAGGGCAUCAAGGUCAUCUCCUAUGGAGACGAGUAUGCUGACCUGCCUGAGUACUUCGAGAGGCUGGCCAAUGAGAUCUGCAACCGUGACGUGUCUACCACUUGCUGGGGUUCUCCCACACAAACUGGGGAGGAAGCACAGAACGGCUUUAACACACAGAAAAGCCUCCUUCAAGACUAUCAUUCUUGACAGGCACACGGUCGCCAUGGGAGACCUGAAAGACGUAUGUUACAGGUGUCAAUCAUUUUCCAUUAGUAGUUCUUGUUUAAAAGGGAAAGGAGAAUUUUGAACUGUCAACGCCAAAUACCCAACCUCACAAUCCCACUGUACUGUAUUUAAAUGUUGCUCCACAUUUGAGAAGUGUUCAAUAUGCAGAUGAUGGAAUGGUAUGUUCUCACUUCAACUCAACAGAAAUGAUUGAUCAGAACCAGCUGACAGAUGUUGACUGUGCUGCUUUGAGUCAUUGUUUUGGACUUACAAUAAUGCAGUUACACAAAACUGCAUCGGCUUGACCUAGCUGCAAACUGUAACGCACAUCACAUACUCUUAACUGAAAACAGACUUGUGUUGAUAUGUAAUGAUUGUAUCUGUCAUGUUCAACCCUGAAACCAGGAAAACUUGAUUUGCACACUACUAGGGUGGGGGAUGAGUAGAAUGAUUAUCUCAUGGAUGGUUACUUGGUUUGCAAACACAUUGUUGAUGAUCAUGUUCGAGAAUUCGGAAGAGUAUGUUUUCAUAGCAGAGAGGCUCCCAGCUAGUAGCCACCACUUUGCCACUCCUGUGCUGAAAAUGUUCUUUGUAAGGCUUUUUGUUUUGUAUUUUUAAUACUUGCCUGUGUUUUCUGACAUAGUAUUUAUAAGUACUAUUUUCAAAAUAAAGCUUUUGGUAUCACA